AGCAGCCUCUCCACGACAUCGCCUGUUUCCUGUCCCGCAAGAAAGGCAAGCAGAGAGCAAGGAAAAUAAACCAGCGCAGCCUCCGUCGCCGUCGAGGCCUCACGCUUCACACCCCCCACCCCACGCGGCCGCGCCCCUCCGGGCCAGGUGUUGAAGCGCCGCGGGGACGAGGCAGGAGGGCCGCCGGCUCCCGGACCCCUCCGCCUCUCCGAAGCGGCACAGUUUCUUAAGUAGUGCACAAUGUCUGGGUGUACAGCAAUCUUGCGUCGGUCAUCUCAGAAUCUUAUGGAGUUAUCGAUUGGGUCCAAAUCUCCUGGCGCUUCUUUGAGGGGGUUCAACAGCUGUGCCAGGGGCAAGGUAAAACCAGGCAAUUCAAUUAUUGGGCAGAUGAAAGCAAUGGAUCGUUUUCCUCCAGCCAAUGGUGUGUCAAGGGCUAUGAUGCCCCUUUCUGCUUAUAUGGGCACUAAUUGGUUGAAUACUUCAAGGCCCAGUUUUAAUGCAUUGCCAGGACCGUUAGGUGUUUCCAGCAUCCGCCGUGCAUACUCAUCAGACACUGGAAUUAAGCCUGAAGUCCCAAUUGUUCCUCCCACUGAAACUGCUGAGGUUGGUACUGGAGGAACCACUUGGAUGGACAUUUUUGAAAAUGCUCGCAACUCCACCAUCGAUGCUACGACUGAUGCAGGCAAGAAAGUGAAGGAGAUGACUGAUGCAGUCACACCCCAUGUUCAAAGUUUUCUUGAGGCAAAUCCAGAUCUAGAAAAGGUAGUUGUUCCACUUGGAGGAACAUUAUGUGGUACCCUUUUGGCCUGGUUUGUCAUGCCUAUCAUCUUCAAGAGGCUUCAUAAGUAUGGUUCACAGAACCCGAUAUCAGCACUUUUGGGGAACUCAGUCAACACUAAUGCUUCAUAUAGCACCAGCCUUUGGAGUGCAUUGGAGGAUCCUGCAAAAUACUUGAUCACAUUUAUGGCAUUUUCAGAGAUGGCUGCAGUGAUCGCACCAAGUGUAUCACCUUAUUUUCCACAAGCUUUGAGGGGUGCAUUUGUAUUGUCAGUUGUCUGGUUUCUUCAUAGGUGGAAAGCAAACUUUAUCACUAAAGCUAUGGCCAACCAAACUGCCUUAGUUACUGAUAGAGCAAGGUUAUCAGCUUUUAACCAAGUGUCCUCAUUGGGACUGAUUGCGCUUGGUGUAAUGGGUCUUGCUGAGGCUUGUGGUGUAGCUGUUCAAUCAAUAUUAACUGUUGGUGGUGUGGGAGGUGUUGCUACGGCUUUUGCUGCUAGAGAUGUCCUGGGCAACGUGUUGAAUGGGUUCUCCUUACAAUUUUCUAGGCCAUUCUCAGUUGGAGAAUACAUAAAGGCUGGGUCAAUAGAAGGCACGGUACUCGAAAUAGGACUUACUUCAACUUCGAUGAUGAGUCCAGAAAAGCUUCCUUUCACAGUACCCAACUCUUUGUUCUCAAGUCAGAUUAUAGUGAAUAGAUCACGAGCUCAGUGGCGGGUAAGUGUGACCAAGAUUCCUAUAAGACUUGAGGAUAUUGAGAAGGUUCCUGCUGUAGCAGAGGAGAUCAAGGCUAUGUUAAGGUCCAACCCAAAAGUUAUCUUGGAAACAGAUGCUCCUUACUGCUACCUCUCCAGAUUGGAAAGUUCAUAUGGAGAGCUUGUCAUAGGGUGCAUCCUCCAAAAAAUGAGAAAAGACGAGUUGAUAUAUGCAGAACAGGACAUUCUUCUAGGAGCUGCCAGGAUUAUCAAGUCACAUGGCGUUGAAUUUGGAAGCACCACACAGUGCUGCUGAUUCUGAUGUUUUCUCAAAACUCAAGUAGGGGGGAAUUGUAUCGAUGGCAGGUGAACGUCGUUAGCCUGGAGGAGUACAUACGCGGAGGGUUAGAGGAGAUUUUGCUUGGUGCGCGUGCGAAGGCAGGGACCUCUUUUGGAACCAAGGUGGGACUUUUGUUGCCUGUCCUCAAUUUGGCAAACAUACAUCAUCUGUUGCCGGAGAAUCUUGCGUUACAUAAUUUUGCUACGUGCGCUGAUACUGCUUAGCGAGUAGUUUACCACGAUUCGUCAGUGCUCAGUCGUGGUAACUUCAAACACAUGGAGUGGCAUGAUCCACCGGAGGUCUGCAUCUGGGCCCAGGAGUAUCCCGUCUGGCCUUGGAACUCUAAAUGCUGGAACGUCGACAUGCGUGCAAGUGUUGUUUUGAUGCAUGACUAGGCGUGAUAGACACCUUUGUCCUGAAUCGGUGUGUCGGGGACCAUGUUGACACGCGUCGUUCGGCUUUUAUUUCUAGAUCUGGCUACUAUAGUCCUAUGCAUAUGCUUGUUAAUUUGCUUGUACGGUUGUGGGGUUUGUGGAUGUUGUGUUUUUGGAUA